AUGGCCACUGAAGUAGUCGAUGUGUGUAUCAGCAACUGCACUCAGUGCCGAUUCCUGUGCAAGCUGUGCGUGGAUCGGAUCGCUGCGCUCGCUCUCAACAAGAAGCCCCACCACGAGCUCGAGAACAAAGUGCGCUUUCUGCAGGCUUACGAGCCCGGCCCUCUCAGCGAAUCGUUCCGCGGCGAUGUCAGCUUCGUCGGAUGCGAUCUGGAGCCCGUCUUCGCUCAUCGUUUCAUUAUGGCGGGCAAGUCCUCAGUCUUUCGGAAGAUGUUCGAUAUCGAUAUGAAGGAGAAGGAGAGCGGCACAGUGCAAGUCGACGAUGCAGUGGCUCCUGUGCUGAGGUCCGUGGUGAAUUAUUGCUACACUGCAGAUAUUCUGUUCACGGAAGAGGCACCGGCGGAGGAAGUGCUGAAGCUUGCCCACAAAUAUGACAUGAACGAGUUGAAGGCAGUUUGCGAGAGCGAGCUUUCCAGAGGUAUCAACAACGAGAACCUGUGCAAUAGAUUAAGACUUGCACACAUAUAUGAUGCCAAGAAGCUGGAUGCAGUGGCAGCCAGGUUCUUCAAGGAAAAUUUUGAUGAUGUGUACACCAGAGUUGUAGAGAGCUUACUUUUGGGGAUCAGAGGUAGUUCAUAA